GCGCCAAUAGGUGCGCGAGGAUCGAUAUAAAUAGAAUGAAGGAAGUAGGGUUAGGUACAUGUGCGAUUGUUAUGAGAGAUUAAUAUAAACAACGUCGUUAUAACGUUAAUUGGAAUUAUUUCUACAUAGUUCCUCUUGAGCGGCUAUAAUGAUGAUGCCUGGAAAAACUCCGGUACAAGAGAAUCCCUUGGGCCUGUCCUGGCACGACAGCGCCUGGAUUCCCGUCCUUAAUCCAAGCAACAUCAUGGAUUACUUCUCGGAAAGGAGCAAUCCAUUUUACGACAGAACUUGCAACAAUGAGAUAGUCAAGAUGCAGCGUUUGAGCCCCGAUCAACUGACCAAUAUGACUGGCUUGGAGUACAUUCUUUUGCACGUGCAAGAGCCAAUCCUGUACGUGAUCAGGAAACAACACAGGCAUUCGCCAACCUCAACUUCGGCGGUCGCCGAUUAUUAUAUUAUCGCUGGCGUUGUGUAUCAAGCCCCAGAUUUGGGAUCCGUCGUGAGUUCUAGACUGUUGUCCACAGUUCACCAUCUGCAAGAAGCCUUUGAUGAGGCAAGCAAGUGCUCCCGAUAUCAUCCGAGUAAGGGCUAUUAUUGGGAUUUCAAGAAUGGCAAGGCCUUGGCUGCGAAGAAGGAAACGCCGGUGCGCGAGGAGCCCAGCUCGCUGUUUCAACGGCAGAGAGUGGAUAUGUUACUCGCAGAGCUCACCCGUAAAUUUCCCUUACCAGUGCCAAAGCCAGUACACCAAGCAACAGAACCUUCCGUAGAGAUUAAGCAGGAAGUGAAGACCGAGAAGAAAGACAUGAAACCACCACCAGAAAAGAAACCUAGACUCAAUUAAUAAUAAGGAUAGAUGUCAAUUAUAUUUGUAUACAGUUCUUACUUGUAAAAUAAUAGAGAAAAUGAGAGUUCUGUGUAUGUUUAUCUAAUUGAUUAUUCUUUAAUAUACUUUUGUGUGUAUUUUUAAAGUUUACCACGUUAUUUU